CUAACUGAAAAACACUACAGUACAAUCCAUUCAAGCCCAGUGACAACCAUUCAAAGAGUCUGAAUUGGCAAACUGAGAAACAUAGAUUUUUAUAGAAAAAGAGCGAGAGGAAAUGAAACAGGAAGUUAGCAUAAUGGAGGAUGGUAGUAGGAGAGAAGACCAUAUGGCACCUAAUGUAGUUUCCAGGUUGAAGAUCAAAAAUGAAUGCAUUCGAGUGGUCCUGGCAGAGACGCUCUGCACGUUCAUUAUGAUGGUGUUUGGCCUUGGCACUGUUGCACAAGUGGUCACAGGAAAUGGUGCUUUUGGAGAGUAUUUCAGCAUAAAUGUAGGCUUUGGGCUGAGUGUGGCUAUGGGUGUGCACGUUGGUGGAAAAGUGUCAGGAGCUCAUAUGAAUGCAGCUGUUUCAUUCACAAUGUGUGUGUUUGGUCGUUUGCGCUGGAAGAUGUUCCCACUGUAUGUUUUUGCCCAGUUUCUGGGUUCCUUCCUUGCUGCUGGGACCAUUUUCUUACUUUAUUAUGAUGCUAUACAUCAUUACUGUGGGGGCAAUUUCACUGUGUCGGGCCCCAAAGCAACAGCUGGGAUCUUCGCUACAUAUCCAGCACCUUACAUCUCAAUCUACACUGGAUUCUUUGAUCAGGUUCUGGGCACUGCCAUGCUGUUGCUGUGUCUGAUGGCUCUGGCAGACCGGAGAAACCAGCCGGUCGUGUCUGGAGGUGAGCCUGUGGGUGUGGGGCUCCUGGUGCUCCUCAUUGGUAUCUCUAUGGGGAGCAACAGCGGCUAUGCCAUCAAUCCAACACGAGAUCUGGGGCCGAGAGUCUUCACACUGAUGGCAGGUUGGGGCAUGGAGGUUUUCAGGGCAGGCAAUGGCUGGUGGUGGGUACCUUUGGUGGCCCCCUUUAUUGGUGGAGUGACUGGGGCUUUAAUCUACGAAGCAUUUGUAGAGCUACACCACCCUGAUCUUAAGAGCACUAAGACACAGAAGAAGUCUGCAGAAGACCCUGAAUGUGUUCCUCUGGAAAAGUGCAAGAAUGGCAGUACAGAGAUGUCUCUCUGAGAGUUUCAGUCGCAGACCUGCUUAAUUUAAGGACCAUGGAUAGUACAGGGACCAAACAAGAAAACUGACAUUUCCACUGGGGACACCUGGAUGUUUACAGGCAUAAAAUGAGACAUGAGACAAGGAUGUCAGUCAAAAAGCCUAUGGGUUGCAUUUCUCAAGCCAACUUUCUCAGUCUAGUGUGUACUACUAACUUCUGGGUUAUAGAGGAAUAGGCUAUUGAAGAAUCUCACGACUCAGGAUUAUUCUGUCUUUGAUUUUUAAUAAAUAUUGUGUACAUUUA